AUGUUCUACAGUCACGAGAUCUUGACAUCGCCAAAACAUGGCGUCGCAACAGUAUGGCUUGCUGCGACCCUCGGUCCGAAAUCCGCGACCCGGAAAAUCAACCGAAAGGCCAUUCUCGAUGUCAAUGUUCCAGGCGCGUGCAGGGUUAUCAUUGACCCAGAAGCACCGAUGGCUUUGCGACUGCAGGGGAGCUUGCUGUACGGCGUCACGCGCGUGUAUAACCAACAAUGCGGAUACACACUCCUUGAGGCGCAGUCGAUGCACGAUAAGAUGGUUUCCAUGUUGAAGCUGUUACCUGGUGGUGGUAUCGAUCCUAGUGCAGGACGAGCAAGACCGAGCACCCUCAUCCUCCCCUACGAUCCAUCCUUCCUCCCCGAGACCGGUCUUCCAGGCCUCGAUCUCGACCUUUCGCUAUUCAAGAGAUUGACAAAUCUAGACUCGACGCAACAUUUCGGGCUAUGGAGUGAGCCCACUGCGGGCAGUCACUCCAGCCUCUCACAGACUGGCAAUAUCCACCUCGAGCUACCGCAGGAUGAUGGACUAGUUGGAGCCGGCCUUCAAAGACCUGACGAUGGGGUAUAUGGAUCUGCAGCGAAGCGCGGACUCUUUGGGCGUGCGCCGCUGGUACCACUCGAUCGACAGAACGAAGAGGGUAUUCUUCUCCAGCCGGAUUUCGAGUUCGACGAGCAUGGGAAUAUCGUUGAGUUCGAUGUUAGUCGGCUCUCGCCGCGGAAGAGGCGGCGCAUCAGUUCGAUGCCUCAGCUAGAGGAGACUCCUGGAAGUAUCCAGCUCCAGAACGAAAGACUAACAGACGUGAAGGCUAUGCAACUUGACCAAGGAGAAAUUCUGAUCCAGGACGAAGACACGAUGAACCUCGAUAUCGCACAUGGAAACGCGACUUCACAAACCAAGCAUCGAACUGAAACAGGCGUGCCAGACCCGACGGAAAUCCGUCGAGCACGUUCUUCCAAUCGCCCAGCACGGGAAAUCGUCCCGGACGAAAAAACCAGUCUCCGAAAUACCGAUCUCGCCAACUGGAAUCAAAACUAUCUAGCGAACAUGGCCCAAGCAAACAAGCAAAAGCAGCACAACAAGCUUCCCACCAUCGCAAAGAAAAACGCCGCAUUCUGGGUAUACGGCCAAGGUCUCGGAUCCGUGGGGAAGGGCCUAGGAGCACAACCCGAACCCCAUCCACUGGCAAUGUUCUCCGGCAUCAAGCUCUUCCAAUCCAUCGGCGGGGAAAUUAUCACCGAAGAACGCGAAGAAGCAGAGAACGAAACAACCAGGAGCCGAGCACGCGAAACAGAACAACCUCGCGACGUCGAAUUCGCCCGGCAAGCACCAUCCAGCAUCAUCGACGAACACUCCUCCCAAAUGCCAUGGAAUAUCUCCUCAAUCCACUCCGGCCAGCGCUACGGAAGCGUCGAAUCCCGAAUCGAAUCAAGUAGUCGCAUCGGCGGUCGCCGCGGCAGACUAACCAGCGCCAGUCCGCUCGUCUUGAAAAGCCGGCGCAGACAAGCAGGCGACAUCCCCGCAGACCAGGACCCGACUAUGACACUUGACGAAGAGCUCGAUAUAACCCGGUACCUGGAAGACGAGCUGGCCUACGACCGCGGGGAGGUGAGUUCGCUCUCGCGCGGACGCUCCGUCGAUCUGGAGCGUGUUACGGCUGGGCUGGACGCGGAUACGUUGAAUUUCUUCGAGUUUAUCCAGGAGGUUCUGACCGAAGAGGAGAUUCCGGGAAUUACUUUUGAGGAGCUCUUGCCUCCUGAAGAAACUAAGCAGGUCGUCGCCGUGCAAGCGUUUGUGAAUGUCCUUACCCUCGCUAACAAGGGUGCUCUCCGUGUCCGGCAAGCACCCUCCUCUGACGGCGGGUUCUCUGCCUGGCCAAGAUGGCAGUUUGGGGAUAUUUCGAUGCGGGUUGCGGGUGACUAG